AUGAAACCGUUUCCAUCUUUGCUCGGUCUGGCAUCCUGCUGGAAGGACUAUUCAGGAUACCAGAAGAUUUCGAUCGAUUUCAAGAGCGCUGAUGUCGGCAGGAAAAUUGUUAGCUAUCUCGAAACGCUACCAUCCUAUGAUGAAUGGCAGCUUGACCAGCAGCGAGUUGAAUUUAUCGUUAGCCAAGAUGACCAUCAUGUUCUCCUUACAGCAAUGGAUGAUUUCUUCCAUGAUAUCGAGUCAGUGAAAUCAUCAAGAUUCUCGAUUCCGGAGCCAGAUGUACCGACUGGGCUUUAUUUGGAGGAAUAUGAUCAGUAUCUAACUAACGAUCAGCUCGACGAAUGGUUUGACUGGCUAGCAAUCAGUUUUUCCGAUUUGGACAACGGAUUUGUCCUACGCCAGGAGGAAAUCGGCCGCUCUUACGAAAAUCGAGCAAUGAAAGGCUUUAGCUUGCGGAACCCAUCCAAAGACCUCCCAUGGAUUGUGAUUGAUUGUGGGAUUCACUCCCGAGAAUUCAUUUCUCAUGCAACUUGCCGGAACUUGCUGAUCAACCUGGCGGAAUGCGCGGCAAACGAUGCAUCCUGCGAUACUGAGUUCUCGAAUUUCUACGAGUUCAACUGGUAUAUCAUGCCAAAUCUUAACCCGGAUGGCUACGAAUACAACUGGACAACUGACAGAAUGUGGAGAAAGAAUAGAACUCCUACGCAAGGAAGUAUUUGCAAGGGCGUUGAUUUGAACAGGAAUUCGGAUAUUGCCUGGUCUACUGUAGGAGCAUCGGGUGAGCCUUGUUCGAAUACUUACUACGGAACUGGACCAUUUUCUGAACCAGAAAUGGCUGCCUGGAACACGACCAUUGGCUCAAUUCAUGAACAAGGAAAAAUCGAAGUCUAUAUCAGUUUCCAUGCGUACGCUCAGAAACUUCUGUCGAGCUGGGCAGUGGACUUUUCUAUCAUAGCAGACGAGCCACCAACUCUUGAGGAACUCCAGGCAGCUGGAGCAGCUGCGUCUCAGGCCAUGACAGAACAGCAUGGCGAAACCUACCUCUACGGUCAAUCUAGAGAUAGUCUGUACCCCUCUUCUGGCACGAGCAAAGAUUAUGCGAUGGAUGUGCUUGAGGUGCCAUUGUCCUGGACUUGGGAGCUGCGCGAUACUGGCGAGUAUGGUUUCUUGCUUCCAUCUGACCAAAUCAUGCCAGUUUGGGACGAAGUCAAGGCUGGCCUCAUCGAAGUGGCAAAAUAUGUUCUUGGGAAAUAA